GACUGCGGGGAGGGGAUGGGGCGGCGGGUGGCCGCGCUGUGGCUGUCCCUGUGGCUGUCCCUGUCCCUCCGCCCGUCCUCGGCGGGGCUGCGGCUCACGGUGCUGCACACCAACGACGUCCACGCGCGGGUGGAGGCGCGGGGCUGCGCGGGGGGCCCGCGGGGCUGCGCGGAGGGCGGCGUGGCGAGGCGGGCGGCGCGGGUGGCGGCCGAGCGGGCGGCGAGGGGAGGAGGCGCGGUGCUGCUGCUGGACGCCGGGGACCAGUACCAGGGCACCGUGUGGUUCUCCCGCUACAAGGGCCGGGAGGCCGUCCACUUCAUGAACCUGCUGCGCUACGACGCCAUGGCUUUGGGCAACCAUGAGUUUGAUGAAGGUGUGAGUGGAUUAUUGGAUCCUCUACUUCGAAAUGCUAAUUUUACAAUCCUGAGUGCAAACAUUAAGGGAAACACCCCAUUAGGAAAUGAAAUGAUGAAAUAUGUUUAUCCUUAUAAAAUAAUACAUAUUGGCUCUGAAAAAAUAGGCAUCGUUGGCUAUACAACAAAGGAAACUUCCUUUCUUUCACAGCCAGGUAAUGAUGUAAUCUUUGAAGAUGAAAUUGAAGCGUUACAAAUACAAGUGAACAAACUUACUGCGAUGGGAGUGAACAAAAUCAUUGCACUAGGACACUCUGGUUUUACUGUGGACCAAAAUAUUGCCCAAAAAGUGAAAGGAGUGGAUGUUGUAGUCGGAGGACAUACAAACACAUUUCUGUAUACAGGCACCCCACCCUCUACUGAACAGCCAGAAGGCCCAUAUCCAUUCAUGGUUGACUCAGACGAUGGGAGGAAGGUGCCAGUCGUACAAGCUUACGCUUACGGAAAAUAUCUCGGUUACUUAAAUGUUACAUUCGACGAGAAAGGAAAUGUGGUCGAAGCAGUUGGAAACCCUAUUCUGCUGGACAACAGUGUUCCUGAAGAUGAGCACAUUAAAGAAGAAGUGGAAAAAUGGAGGAAGAACCUGGGGAAUUACUCUCAGGAGAUUGGAAAAACUAGUGUUUACCUGAACGGUACGAGCGAAGCGUGUCGCUUCCAAGAAUGCAACAUGGGAAACUUGCUCUGUGAUGCUGUGCUUUAUGAGAACGUCAGACAUCCAGAUAGGAAGUCGUGGAACCAUGUUUCAAUGUGCAUCCUGAAUGGAGGUGGGAUACGGUCGUCCAUUGAUGAACAGAGAGCUAAUGGUAGCAUUACUAUGGAAGAUUUGCUCUCUGUUUUGCCAUUUGGAGGUCGUUUCGAUUUGGUAAAGCUGAAAGGCUCCACGCUGAAAGAAGCUUUUGAGCACAGUGUGCACAGGUACGGAAAAGGAACAGGAGAGCUGCUGCAGGUUGGAGGCAUCCACGUAGUCUAUGAUCUCUCCAGAGACCCAGGAAACAGAGUUAUUAGCAUAGAAGUGCUUUGUACAGCCUGCAGAGUCCCAACCUACGUCCCACUGCAGAUGGAUGAAAUAUACAACGUGACUCUUCCGUCCUAUAUGCUCUUUGGUGGAGAUGGCUAUCGCAUGCUGAAAGAGAAACAUCUGGCAUACGAGAAAGGGGAACCUGAUGUAGAAGUUGUUUCCCGUUACCUCGAUAGAAUGAAGAGAGUUUACCCAGCAGUUGAAGGUCGAAUAAAGUUUUCUUCAGGAAGUCUCAUCCAAGGAAGUCUUACCCUGAUUUCUGUACUGGUCACUGUAACGUUCUUGCAUAGCUGAUUUUUGCUCAGUGUUUACAUUUAGAGGAAGACAGAGGGAUAGAAAUGGUGCUGAGGAAGGGAAAAGAACUGCUCUCUUUUCUCAAACCUUAAAAUGAACAAAUGUUUUGGUUUCUGCAUGUAGUCAGUAAAUAGCACAAGUGAUUAUCUUUGAUCUGCUAUAGUCAUUGAAGUGAACGAGUGGGCAGAACUCAUGGCUUACUUUGAAGCAGCAGGUACAAACAAACGCGCAUAACCCACGAUUCAGGUUGAGGUUACAAGAAGCAAAGUAUCAGUCCUCCAUCACGAAACAACCACUAACCAAAAUGGGCUAUUCUUAAUUUGUCAAAUUAUUUUAGCUGUUUCAAUGAGUUGAUUAAGAAUCUGAUACCAGUAAUGUAAACAAGCUUCUAAAAACAGAUACAUUAUAGGUGUAUAUGCCUCCCAUUAAUCUCCACUCAGGGUAUAAGGUUUCAAACCAAUAAGUCUGGCUGCUUCCAGUUAUCUUACCUACACCAAUGCCUGAUAGAGCUGGAUUAAACUCACUGUCAUGAAAAGCACUGGUCCAUUUCUGUGCAAUUAAAAGUUUUUGCAUUUUACUUUUUAAGACACAGCAGCCCCUUUUUGUAUUUCCCAUUAAUAAAGAACACAACAAAAGUUUGAUUUGAUUUUGAUAAAUGUUGACAAAACAAGUAUGUAACUUCAGCAUUUAAUAUGGCCAGUAUGGGGACUGUAGCUAGAGUAAGAUGACAGUAUUUAAGACAGUUUUAUAUUAAGAUGCUCAAAUUUACACCUUAUUCCAAAGACCAAAGCACAGGACUCCUGAGCAUUACCCUGUAUCAGCAAUGUUCACAGAGAAUGUCAGAUAUACACACAUUGAUUCCUGCAGCACUAUGGAGUCCUUUAAAAGUUGGACAGUAAUGAGGCUUUUUACAGCAUAACCUGGCUUUAUCAUAAUUGUGAUCGUAAUUCAAAAGCCUAUAUCCUACAUGGGGAGGCUAAGCUUAAAAAACACACAGUUGUAAGAGGCAGGCUAAUAAGCAUAAAAUCAGAAGUAGGAUGAAAUGCUAAGUCUACAUUUCUGACCUUUUAUCAAGGAAUGAUUGCUUAUAAAUGACUAUAAACAAUGCUAUUUUUUAAAGAUAAUUUCCAUUCAGAAUUUUGACAUCAACAUACCUCCCUAUUGUUUAUUGCUGUAUUAAAAUCGAUGUGCAUAAUUUUGAAUAAA